AUGUCCGUUGCCAUUGUCAUGGUGUUCGCCGUAUGCUGGUUGCCACUCAGCAUCUACGCCUUCCUGUCCCUUUAUUCAUCAAACAUAGCUAUAAGGUCAUCUUGUGGCAUGCAAUACUUUGAAACUAUUGCCUUUCUUCUGGCGCGCUCGUACUGUGCUGUAAAUCCUUGCAUAUGUUUUAUCUUCAGUGGUAAUUAUCGUCAAGGUCUCAAGAAUCUCAUCGGUUGUUUUCCUACAGGCGAAGCUGCUUAGUUAUCGUUUCCUCCCCAGCCUUCUGCAUGCUGUUUGGAUUUAUCCGCGCAUUGAUGUGGCUGAACAUGCCCACCAGUUCUUUAUUCCUAUUUAUAGAGAAUUUGAGCAGAGACGUUUUUGAGACACGGGCGGCAACAGGAGAAAGAAUGGAACUAAAUCUGGCGCGAUUUGACGCUAAUUCAUCGACUGCAAGAAAUAAGAACUUUUAACUUGCGGCUGCCGUCCGCGUCUGCCGUUGAUGCUUAAGCUCCCUAAUAACUACUCUAACGAAGUAGCUGGUGCGGCCUAACCCAUCCAUCAACUGAUUUACUGUUUAGUGACAGUAAACUUUCCACAUUUUACAAUUCUGGUCAUCUUUUUCUGACUUGCUGAAACUGUUCGUAAUCCUUUUUAGAAGAGCCUCGCUAUAUUCCUUCUGAAAUUUUUGACUUGGCACCCGAAAAAAGACAGCCAGUAGGUAUUUUCAAUUGGUCAGGGAAUACUGUAAACGUUGUAGCGGUAACGCGUUAUUAAUUAAAUAAGAAGCUUUAGAGUUGGAGUUAAUCAGAAAGGGAACUGUAAACGUUGUAGCGGCAAAGUGUAAUAAAUUAAAGAAGAAGCUUUGGCGUUGGAGUCUAACGGUUAACCCAAUCGAGAGCCUCUAUUAAAUAUUUCCUUACAAUCUCGAAAUUCACUGCCUAUGGUACAUUUUCGCGUAUUGUUAUUAUCUAUCAUUUUGUAGCGAAAUAAACUAAAUACUUGCUGAAAAUGAAAAAUAUCAAAUAAGCGCCCUUCUCGAAUAAGCGCCCUUCUCGAAUAAGCGCUCACUCUGAAGGUCUCAAAAUGUAUUAAGCGCCUAGGGCGUUUACUCGAAUAAAUAAGGCGAUCCUUGUUUUACGCACAUGCACGACGUCGAUUUAACCACGAACUUAUAUGAGAAUUCAUUGUCGGCGGAAAACUGCGAUCCCUGCGACCCCUGAUAGAUUAUACUCAUGUUUUGAAAGUGACUUUCAUAACUAAGAGUUUUGCUAGAAUGCAGCUUUUAACAGGCUAAGCCCAAACACUAAAAGUAAAGAGUGCUUCAUCAUGCUUCAGAGUGAUAAUCUCUCAGUGGUUUUAUUUUGUCUUAAAAGUGUUCCGUGGACUGGUAACGAAUUAGCGGGUGAUAACGUAGAAAACUGUGAAACUUUCUUCUGGAUUUCUCCUUCUUUCCGGCUCCACCAGAGUUGCCGACGGCAAUUUUAAAAACAGCUAUUAACUGGAAACAACAACAAACCCAAAUAAAGACCUAAAAUAAUUGGUUUAAGUGUGCAUCAUCAAAAUAAAAUAUUCAAAUUUUCACAUCACUUCCACAGCAAGCGGUAAUACAAAUAGAGGUGUUUGUGACUUCCGUAAGAUAAUACUUGACUUUAACGGUGACUGAAGAACGCGUCUUCGAAAUGUCCACGAACUUGAGCGCAACAAUGAAUGCAACUCUGCUGUGUCAAUUCAGAGCCUUGUGCUCAUAGCAGUGGAUCGAUUUGUAGCUGUGGUAUUUCCCCUCCGUUCCCCGCUCUUCAGUUCAAAAUUGUAUCGCUUCUUUAUUCUCGCCACGUGGAUCAUCGCCAUGGCUACAUUCAUCCCGUAUCUGCUCGCGUUCAAGCUGGUCGAAUACGAUCAUGAGUACAAGUGUGUGCGGCAAUGGAUGCGCGUUUUUGACGAUUCCUCGUCGGUGACAAAAUACUUUAUGGCACUUUUAUUGCAUUUUUUUUAUAUUCCCUUCGUUCUGAUGUUUAUUCUAUAUCUUGCGAUUUUUUCGAAACUGAAGUCCCAGAGAGGACCAGGCGAACACUCAAUGAACGCUCAAAUUCAGCGCCUGAGAAGGGAGAGAAAUGCGCUGAAGCUUUCCAUUGCUAUUGUGUUAGGUUUCGCUGUAUGCUGGAUUCCAUUCAGUAUUUUUGCAUUAGUACGUAUGUUUGCAGAUGAAAACAAUGCUACAAUGUCCUGUGGAUUCAAACAGUUAUUAGAGCAAGUUGCUCUGCUACUGAGUCGAACAAAUAGCGCUAUGAACCCCUGCAUAUGUUUUAUUUUCAGUGGAAAUUAUCGCCAAGGUCUUAACAAUCUCCUCGGCUGCUGAGUGAGUUACCAGGGCUAAUAAAGAUGCAAUGUAACAUCAUGGCAGCCGCUUUGGAAUAUAAUAAGAAUUGUUUGUAAACUGAACUGAAACUAAAUUAAAUACAUCAUUAUGAAAAGUAAAGAACAUCCACACUUAAGGGUUUAGAAACGAAUCUGUUGCCGUAAAAACAUUUUUUUCCUAGGGGUGAACCGUUGAUAUGCAUUAAGGAAUCCUGCCAACGUUGCAUUAGAAACAACUAUGAAUAACACAUAUUAAUCAAGUAGUAUCUGAUAAAAUCUUACAGUCAUGCGCAUUAGAAAGGGUUUUUAAUUACUGUCGGAUAUAGAAUAUCGUCUUCAUUUGGAUUAUAUUAUAAAUACUCUACAGAACACAGGGAGAUACUUAUCAUUUUAUCAAUCACUUUAUCGUAGAUAUGAACAUAUCAGAUGUAUUAAUCCAAAUUUUCUAGAUUCCAAACGCCCAAUCACCAACUUUGUUUCGUGAGGAAACAUUUACUUUGCAUCAUAUAUUGCUUACUUCUGGUAAGAAUACAAUGUAAGAAAGUUUUUAAUUUGGCCUCGUUUGUUCAAACAGGUGCUCAUACUGGUAAAACAUUAGCAAACACUUACAUAGAGAUUAAAAAAUAGGACGCGAUAUGCUGGCGACAUCCUGACGCAAUUAUCAAAUAUUUGAUUCUCUCAAUCGUAUAUUGUGGGUGGAAAAAUAUCUGAAAGAGGAAAGCUACAGACACUGAAGAGAAUAUAAACAUUUAAUAUUCUUUUGCAACUGAGUAAACAAUUCUGUUCAAAUAGAGUCCGCUUGUUGACGUCUUUCAGAUCUCUUUUCUUUAUUUCGAUUAGUAACAUUCAAUAUAUCAAGUUUCCUUGUCUUCCCUCUCCUCAAUUUAUUCAUGAAUCUCGCCUGUCGGAGGCUUACAGUCAGCAAAGACAGGCGGGGAGGCAGGCGCAUAAAAGAUGGCACGCGGAGGUUUCCUCGGACGUAGUUUCAAUAAAGUUUCAUUUUGUAUUUCUUAAUUGAAAUGAGAGAAAGGGCUGCCAAUGUUCCAUGACUCACUUAUUUAGUACAAGAUUGUUGAGCAAUCAUGAUUAGUUAAUUAUAUGAAAGAGAUCACGGAUUCUUUUACACUGCGAGGAUUUCUAGUAUUCGUAAAUGUGAACAUGUUCAAAUAAAGAUAGACGAAACUUAAUCGCUUCUUAUUACAAGCUUCAGAUGACAUAGAGCAUAAUGGGGGACGAAUUUUAAAAAGUUCUUUUUCCUUUACACUUUGGCCGUCAGAAUCGAGAAAAUGUCAGAUCUGUGAAAUAAAGUCAUCUGUGUCGGAAAUUCGCUCUCGUGUAAUUGUAUGAAAAUUUCCCAAAUGCUUCUGGUGGAAAAAGAAACAUAAAAAAAAAAAGAUAAAAUAGAAUGAAUGCCGAUAUUGACUUAAAUUAAUAGCUUUGGUCUUUUUAUUUUUUUCCUUUUUUUUUUGAAAAUUGAAAGUUCGAUGCGAUGUCAAGAGAGACAAAACUUAAUGGCUUUUUUAUUACAGGCUCCAGCUGGUACCCGGGUUUCAUUUUCAAAGUAUAAUGAGAGGUGACUUAAAAUUUGUAUUCUCUUCAAACUUUCGUAUGUCAGGACCAACAAAGGCAGAAACGCCUGAAACGUCAGACUCUGUGAACUUCUCUCGUGAAACUACAGAGAUCAGGCUGUAAGUAACAGUGUAUCCGAUUCUUCUUGCUGUAGGAUCGAAGCACGAUGUUGUCUGUGUUCCAUUUGUGGUUUUGUUGAAGUUUAUGCGGUCGUUUAUGAAAAUGGAAAACAGUAAAAUCAAAUAUUUCAGUUUACUAGGUUUUUCUCAAAAGAAUCUCUUGGUUUCUCUAUAAUCUUUUAAAAUAGUGUGUACUACAUCAUAGAACAUUUUCCUUCACUUAUUAUAAGCCGCCAUCACAUUGAGACAGCUGUCAAACGUAAUUCAAUAAACAACGCUAUUUUAGCUUUUGCUUUCCAGUCAUUUGCUAAACAUUUAUCAGCUUUUUAAUUCAGAUUACGUCUCGCAGGGAAAGGAAGCCGCCAGCUUUCGUUUUAACUUCCUUUUUCCCCGUUUUCCGUCCCUCAAUUACCGGGCUGUUUUCGUGCACAAAAGAAAAAAGAUACGCAUAACAUGAUACAUUCCUCGCCUUUUGUUAGCUCAUAUUAGUUUUUCACGACUUAUCCUGGAUGGGAAACUGACAUCCGUCAAUCGUCUGUUACGAAAGUAGUAUGCAAAUAAGCGAUCAAGAAACAACCACAACAAUUAUCAUCAAGUGACUGAAAUACAAAUUUAUGAUAUGUAUUGAAAGCGUUGUACAUACACGUCAAGAUGCGGAAACAGAAGAAAAUGGAACUUUCUACAAAUGUUCCUGAGGCCAAUGAUAUUUCUAUUUAAAGUGCAAUUAUUCAAACUACAAUUGUAGAUACUUUUGCUAAUUAAAAUGAAGGUUCAGGGUACAUCUGUCGAUAUUAAAUUUCCAGAGAAGCUAACGUAUGCAAUUUAGAACAAUAAUAAUAUCUAUGCAAAUCAUCACUGCGUUCACUUUAAAAAAGAUAGCGUUCAGAGCUGUUGGCGAACGUGACCGCAACGAUGAAUGGAACACAGGUACCGAGCUGCUUAAAUCCAGUUACUGAGGGAAAGAGAAUCGGAUUCAACUUUGCUUACAACUUUUAUAAAAUUAAAAAAAUACAAAAUAAAGACAGGAAAAAAGUUAAUAAACGAGUAAGGAAAGGACUUUUUACUAUGGGAAAAAUCUUUUGGAGCUGUUCCUCAUAGAAAAUUAAAUCCGACUCAGUAAAAGAAGUUUGGCUUAAGGCAGUUAAUGAAAGUUAAUGAAAGUUAUUUGUUAGUAAGCAGCUUUGUUUGUUUAUUGAGAAUAUAGGUAGUUCUCUGAAAACUGCUCAAAGUCAAAGAUUGGUUAAAAAAAGGGAAAUUAUCGUUUGCUCAUACGUGAUGAUUCUGAGACAAGCUGUCAACUGUCAUUCAACAUCACUAAAUUAUUCUAUUUCGGUAUUCGCCAUUCUAUCAUGUGCUUUAUUAAUGUCUGCCUUUAGAUUCAGAUCACGCCUUGCGUUGAACUGCCUUCCUUAGAAACGACUUGUUUUUCCUCUUUUAUAUGUAAAUACAUUUCUCUAAAAUUGUUGUUUUCACCAUUUACCAAUCAUACCAAAAGGUUAAAAAAAAGUAUAGCAUUCAAAAUCAUUUUUCGUUCUUGACAAUCUUAUUUCAACUGACUCUAUUCCUUACCUAAAAAAAAAUUUUUGAGUACAGACUGCAAGUCGAAAUUAAAUGAGAGUAAAAUGAUAUCUAAAGAUUCUUAGUUAAUCAAUUUUUAAUGUAUUCGUUGACAGUCGCCUCUGCUUUAUUUAAACAGAGUGUAGGCAGCUUCUCAAUUAAGAGCUUUUAGCAUACGACUAAGGACUCCGACGAAAUUUAUGAAUUCAUUAGUAUAUAAGUAAACAAUUAGCUGUGUCUUCUUUCAUAAAGCAUAGGUAGGAUUCAGAGUCAGACAGAGAACUGUUGGCCGAAGGAGAAACCCAUAAUCGGAUUCCGCAUGGGGACUAAGACUUUUUUCUUUGUUGCACGCUCGUGACAAGACGAAAACAUCUUUCUUCCAGAAAUUUAUAUGUCGGGAAUAACUUUUGGAUCCGUACCUGAAAAAGAUUGUUUCCCUUAAACGACCAAUUGUUGAUUGGUUUUGCAGCUCUUUUGAAAGAAUACUUCAGUAAAAACUGUGAGAAGGUUGUUCCGUAAGGUAGGAGCACUCUUUUACUGUUUUUCGGUUUUUCUCCAAUGAAUAAAGUCUGACGCUUUGCAUGGAGGAAGCGAAAUAAAACAAUUUUAAAGUUUGUCAAAAUAAGCAGCUGUGUUUUCUUUAAAUAGAGUAAAGGCAACGUCCAGAUAACCACUGACUGAAUAAGAACUGAUCUCUCAAGAAUGUCAGAAAACGUGACUGCAACGAUGAAUGGAACACAGUCCACGUCGAGCUGCUUCAAUCCCACAGCGACAAGAAUUGGUCAAACCUUCGCCUACUGUCUGCUAUUUGUUGUGUCGCUGGCUGUGAAUACCUUCAUUGGAAUAAUUGUCUAUAGGACGAAAACUAUGAGAACACCAAUCAACAUUUUGAUAGUAAACAUGGCACUCUCCGAUCUGUUGUACCCGAUUUUCCUCUUUCCUAAAAUUUUGGUAGAGUUAAACACGGCCGGCCACUGGCUGGUUGGCGGUCCCCUUGGCCAUGCGGCGUGUAAACUGAGUACCUUCGCUGCAGAUGUCUCAACUCUAGUGUCAACUCAGAGCCUGUUGUUGAUCGCAGUGGAUCGAUUUGGGGCUGUAGUAUUUCCUCUCCGUUCCCCACUGAUUAGUUCAAAGCAGUGCCGGUACUUCAUUCUCGUCAUUUGGAUCAUCGCCAUGGCAGUCCAUUGUCCAUAUUUGAUCGCCCUGAAAGUUGUCGAGUAUCCAGAGGGGCUGUUUUGUGGGUGGCAGUGGAAUGACACAUUUGGAGAGUCCCUAUCGCAGCAAACCUACAUACUGGGAUUGAUCGUUGUUACCAACUAUAUUCCUUUGGUUUUGAUUGCCAUACUUUAUUUUGUCAUUUCCUUAAGAAUUAAAUCGCAGAAGAUUCCUGGGGAACAAUCAGCUAACGCAAGAGAACGGCGUUUGAAGAAAGAAAGAAAUGUUCUUAAUAUGUCCGUUGCCAUUGUCUUGGUGUUCGCCGUAUGCUCGUUGCCACUCAGCAUCUACGCCCUCCUGUCCCUUUAUUCAUCAAACAUAGAUAUAUUGCCAUCUUGUGGCAUGCAAUACUUUGGAACUAUUGCCUUUCUUCUGGCGAGCUCGUACUGUGCUGUAAAUCCUUGCAUCUGUUUUAUCUUCAGUGGUAAUUAUCGUCAAGGUCUCAAGAAUCUCUUCGGUUGUUUUCCUACAGGCGAAGCUGCUUAG